GGGAAAAAAUUACGCGCUGCCAAUCAGGUGAGGUGAGCAAAGGAGAGGAGGGUGGAGGAAGACGAAGAGGACAAGAAAAAAACGGCAGCGGCAGCGGCAGCGGCAGGAACAGCAACAUCAAGCCAGCAACAAAUAUGAUUUGGUGAGGUUGAAGUUGAACCAUCCGUGAGGUGGCCCGUCCCUUUUCCCCUCAGCUUCUCCACCUCGCGCCUAUAGAUCCCUCUCCCCCAUUACACCUCACCGCCAAGCUCACGGAGUAGCAGUGACACCGCAGCUUCCAAGAACCGCCCCCCGGCCUGCGGAGCAGAGCAGAGCAAUGUCUUCCAACGGCAAGCCCACCCCGCAGCCCCCGGCGGGCGGCAACGGCCCGCCCAAGAUGUACCAGCGGCCCAUCUACCGGCCGCAGCAGGCGCCCGCCAAGCGGCGGCGCGGCGGGCGGUCCUGCCCGUUCAGCUGCUGCUGCUGCUUCUUCUGGACGGCGCUCGUCGUCCUGCUCCUCGCCUUCCUGGCCGCAGUGGCGGGCGGCGCCUUCUACCUGCUGUACCGCCCGCAGCGGCCCGCGUUCACGCUGACCGCGGCGCGCGUGACGAGGCUGAGCCUGUCGCCGUCCGCCACGGCGCCCGCGCUGAGCGACGCCAUCGACGUGACGCUCACGGCCCGGAACCCCAACAGGAAGCUCGCCUACCUCUACGACGACUUCGCCGUGACGGCCGCCACGGCCGCCAACGCCGUCCCGCUGGGCGAGGCCUCCGCGCCCGGGUUCGCGCACGGCGCCGGCAACGUCACCGUCAUCCGGGCCACCGUCUCCGCGUCCGCGCUCGCGGUCGACCCCGCCGCGGCCGCCUCCGACGUCAAGAGGUCCGGCGAGUUCACCAUCGCUCUGGACCUGGAGACCAGGGCCGGCGUCAGGGUGGGCGCGCUCAAGACUAAGAAGAUCGGCAUCCUGGUGCACUGCGACGGCGUCAAGGUGGCCGCGCCCGCGCCCGCGCCCGCGGCGCCGGCCAAGAGCAAGAAGAAGCUUGCGAAGGCGGCGGUAGCGGCAGCGGUGGCGCCGGCGGCCGACGCCCCGGCACCCGCCGCCUCCGCGGCUGUCGACGACGCGCCGGCGCCGCCCGCCGCGGCCACCAGCGUCGCGCGCGUGUGCCAGGUCAGGAUCCGGGUCAAGAUCUGGAAGUGGACCUUCUAGUCACGUCGGCAGCCUCCGAGGGGCCGCAUUGCAAUUUUUUCGGGUAUAAAAUGGAAAAUAUGGCGUUGCUUUUCGCGUCGGAUGAAGUUUCUCAACUGGAACCGAACCAAAUACCGGUCGCUGUAA